CCUCGAUAGCCUUGGUCACAUCCUGUCCAUCUACCACGCCAUCUGCCACAUCCCACUAUCCCCCCAUCCUCCCCACUCCCUUCGUCACGACGUCUACGCUAGGCGCCUUGGCGAACGCACGUCUGCUCACACCUUUCACCGUUCGAGCAGUGCGAAGUCGAGCUUUCCCUCGCCCCGCUCCUGUCCCCCUUUCCUUGAGCAGCAGAAGCCUGCACUCUACAGUCAUGGCGCCAAAAGAGGCUGCCAGCUCCGCCGCCUCCGCUCCUACGGGCGCAAAGGGAGGUGCCGUCGAUGCUAAUGGUGGGCCCAUUCAGCUGGAGAACACGGCCAAGAGAGACUAUCUGACCGAUCUAGAGAAGAAGUACCAGCAGUUCUGGGCCGAGUCCAAGUUCUUUGAGGUCGACUCUCCCAUGCAGAGCGGCGAGCCCGGUCUGGAGAACAUGACUCCCGAGGAGAUUCGUGAGAAGUACCCGAAAUGGUUCGGUACCUUCCCGUACGCCUACAUGAAUGGAUCUCUCCACUUGGGUCAUGCCUUUUCUCUCUCCAAGGUCGAGUUCGCAGUUGGAUACGAGAGGAUGAAGGGCCGCCGAGCUCUCUUCCCUUGGGCCUUCCACUGCACUGGUAUGCCCAUCAAGUCCGCUUCCGACAAGCUCAUCAAUGAGAUCGAGAAGUUCGGACCCAACUUUGACAAGUACCAGGACGAGGAGGAAGCAGAGGCCAAGCUGCAGCCAGAUGCAGCCCUCGAUACCUCCUCUCUCACCCAGUCAAACGUGGCCAAGGCUCCCAAGGCCAAGAUCCUUGCUAAGACUGGAGGAGUCAAGUACCAAUUCCAGAUUCUGGAGAACAUGGGUGUUCCUCGAGAGGAGAUCAGCCAAUUUGCCGACCCAGUUCACUGGCUGAGGUACUUCCCUCCCAUCGCCAAGGCUGAUACAGCUUUGCUAGGAGCCCGACUGGACUGGCGAAGAGCUUUCCUCACCACAGACAUCAACCCCUACUACGACUCAUUUGUGAGAUGGCAGAUGAACCUCCUCCGCGCACAGCAGCGGGUCGCCUUCGGUGAGAGGUACACUAUCUACUCACCUAAGGAUGGUCAGCCUUGUAUGGACCACGACCGAUCUAGCGGAGAGGCGCUGGGCCCUCAGGAGUACACUGCUCUGAAGAUGGAGGUCAGCCAAUGGGGCGAGCGAGCGGGAGACAUUGCUUCAAAGGUCGCAGGAAAGAAGGUCUUCUUCAUUGCUGCUACCCUUCGUCCCGAGACCAUGUAUGGUCAAACCAACUGCUUCGUAGGCCCCUCGAUAGAGUACGGCCUCUUUCAGAUCAACGACAGCGAGGUCUACCUCUGCACAGAGCGGGCCGCGAGGAACAUGGCUUUCCAAGGCAUCACCAAGGAGAGGGGCCAGGUGUCGAAGAUUGUGUCUGUCAAGGGUGAAGAGCUGCUCGGCACCAAGAUCAAGGCACCCAACGGUUACCAUCCAGAGGUGUACAUCCUACCAAUGCAAUCUGUUCUGGCAACAAAGGGAACUGGAGUAGUCACCUCCGUCCCAUCUGACUCGCCAGAUGACUACAUUAACCUCAUGGAGCUUCGCAAGAAAGCUGCUUACUACAAAAUCGAGCCGGAGUGGGCCUCUCUCGACCCCUUCCCCGUUCUCUCCACUCCCUCGUACGGUGAUAUGACUGCAGAGUUCCUCGUCAAGAAGCUUCGGAUUCAGAGCCCCAAGGACGCCGUCCCUCUUGCAGAGGCAAAGGACCUGGCGUACAAGGAAGGUUUCUACUCGGGUACCAUGGUCUUCGGACCGUACAAGGGCCAGAGUGUCCAGGACGCCAAGCCCAAAGUGCGGGACCAGAUGAUCGCAGACGGGCUGGCCUUUGCCUAUGCCGAGCCAGAGGGUCAGAUCAUCUCUCGCAGCAACGACGAGUGUGUCGUGGCCCUGAUUGACCAGUGGUACAUUGACUAUGGAGAGGAGAGCUGGAAGCAGAUUGCCAAGAAGCUCGUCGACCGGAUGAACCUCUUCCAGCCCGAGACCAGGAAAGCCUUUGAGGGUGUUCUGGACUGGCUGCAUCAGUGGGCAUGCGCCCGUUCAUACGGUCUUGGAUCGAAGCUGCCUUGGGACACCCAAUUCCUUGUGGAGUCGCUUUCCGACAGUACCAUCUACAUGAGCUACUACACCAUCGCUCACCUACUCCAGGGAGGCGUGGAAGACGGAAGCGUCGUCGGACCUCUGGGCAUCAAGGCAGAGGAGCUGACCGAUGACGUGUGGUCAUACAUCCUGCAGGACGCUGCCCUUCCCACCUCAUCUAGCAUCGACCCAGCCAAACUCGAGACUCUGCGUCGCGAAUUCCGCUACUUUUACCCCUUUGACCUGCGUUCGUCAGGCAAGGAUCUGAUCCCGAACCAUCUCACCUUCUGCAUCUACAAUCACGCUUCAAUCUUCCCAGAGGAGCACUGGCCAAAGGCUAUUCGCGUCAAUGGCCACUUGAUGCUGAAUGGAAAGAAGAUGAGCAAGUCCACUGGUAACUCGCUCACUCUGCGCCAGUCAGUACAGAAGUUCGGAGCCGAUGCCACACGUCUGUCCCUGGCUGACGCUGGAGAUUCCAUUGAGGACGCGAACUUUGAGGAGAAGACGGCCAACGCGAACAUCCUGCGACUGCACACACUGCUCCUGUGGUGUGAUGAGGUACUCUCGAAGGAGAACAUCUCUAAGCUGCGCACAGGUCCGCGAGAGUCUUACACUUUCUGGGAUCGGGUCUUCGAAAAUGACGUGAAUGGUCUGAUCCAGCAGACCGAGUCUCUAUACGAAAAGGCACUGUACAAGGACGUAUGCAAGUUUGGCUUCUACGAGAUGCAGUCCGCUCGUGAUCUGUACCGAGAUGCGACUGUGGAGCAGGGGAUGCACGUAGAUCUGGUGAAGCUCUGGAUCCGAACCCAGGCGCUCUUGAUCGCUCCCAUUGCCCCACACUUCUCCGAGCACAUCUACCGCCAGACUCUCGGCGAGAGCGGCUCGGUGCAGACGGCCCUAUUCCCCAAGCCCUCCGCCCCCGUCUCAAAGGCAAUCAGCGAUUCGGCUCAGUAUGUGCGUGGAUUGGUCAAGACGAUUCGAGAUGCAGAGUUGUCGAUUGUCAAGAAGAAGUCCAAGGGCAAGGACGUCCGAGCGUACGACGAGCGCGCUCCCAAGGCCGUUCGCAUCUUCAUCGCCAAGUCCUUCCCGGCAAUCCAAGACUCGUGCGUUGCGGCAAUCAAGAACAAUUUCAAUGCCAGCACGGGCGAGGUGAAUGAUGUAAAGGUGAGAGAGGAGCUAGGAGCACAGGGUCUGCUCAAGGACAAGCGAGCCAUGCCCUUUGUCAUUGGCUUCAAGAAGCGUCUUGCCGAAUUUGGACCCGACUCUUUCAAUCGUAUCCUCCCCUUUUCAGAAGAAGAGGCACUCAAGGAUGCAGAGUCUUACCUCAAGCGCACCCUUGGAUUCUCUGCCCUGUACGUCGAUUCGGCAGAAGAGGCACUUGGCAAGCAGGACGAGUAUGUUGGAAAAGAUGGAUUUGAACUUAGGCAGGUGGAACUCGCUGAGCCUGGAAGCCCUGGAUUCGCCUUUUGGAACACGCAGUGAGGGAGGAGCAGUCGGGCAUGAUGGCCGUGCGUGAAAGGGGAAAGGAAGAGGUAGAAGGCUCGCCCUUGUGCCUGAUGUAGAGGUCGGUAUGAAUACGAGGAAAUCUUCUUCUCACGCAUCGGUUGAUUGCACUGCCUGAAUGUCUGCGACUGCACAGUCUGAUCAAAAAAAAAGGAAGCACAAGAAAAGGGCACACUGUAGCGGCUGUUAUUGGUGAAUC